GUUGCUGGUAUGCUUGUCGCACCUUUCCUCGUGUCAGCGCUUUCUGCUGAUUCGUCGGACAUGGGGAAGACAGUUCUGGAGAUUGGCCUAGGCGGAGGAAGUUUUGAUAUGUUUUUACACAAGCUCAAACCAAAGGUUAAUAUAACUGCUGUUGAGUUGGAUUCAGUUGUUUUUGAAACAGCAAAGAAGUGGUUUGGCGUCAUUGAAGAAGAAAAUCACCGCGUAAUUGUUCAAGAUGGUCUGGAAUAUCUACAAGAAUCUAGCCGACGGGAAAAAUUCGAUGUCAUAGCUUUGGAUGCAUGUGACGAAGCCAUCAAAUCGCCUUGCCCUGCUAAAGUCUUUCGGAAUGUGGAAGUUAUCGAGAGGCUCAAAAAUGCUCUUGCUCCUACAGGCCAGUCAUCAAACUUCGCAUGUUCUUUCUAA